AUGGCCAAUAUUGUGGGAUCUGAACUGAGGUGUCGCGUCAAAAAACGAUAUGAACAGAAGAAGAUCUUCUUAAUCAGGAAACCAUCGCAAGAGCUGAAUGAUUUCACGGAUACUUAUGGUUUUGAACGAAAGACUUUCCAAGAGAUGAAUGAAAAAUUAAUGAAAAUGUGUGGACAUUUUUACAACAUUCAACUUUCAACAUUUGACAUUAGUAUCAAUGAGACACUUAAAGCGAUUACUAAAGAAAAUAACGUUAUCAACUUAUGGGUUCGUGAUUACUACGAUAACACAUCAGAUGUACACCAUCACAAAAGACUUGUCUACGCUGGCGAUGUAGUGUAUCAACCAAUUUUAUUCGAUGACAGACCAGAGUCUGAUGCCUGCAGUAACUCUAAAGAUCAAGAAAGUGAAAAACGAAUAGCCAAAAUUGUCAGCAAAAGUGUUGCCAAUAUAAAUUCUGGAGAUUUUGUGGAUUUCGUAUCAUCUAUCCAAUAUGAAAAUAAUACUGUCACAUCUCGACGUUCAUGUCUGAAACAGGCAAAUAAAACAACAGACUUGACAAUAGUUCUAGUCUGCUCUGAUAAGUGGAAAAAUUGUUUGAAUAAGAACUGGUUUGUCGCAAAGAAUUUAAAGUUUAAAUUUCAAUCAACAAAUACAUGCGGAGAGUUUACAAAAAUAUACCAAAAUAAUAUACUGGCAGUGUUGGCUCCUACCCCGUUUGAGAUGGAAUAUGAGGUAACGAUCCCAACGAUUUUUUAUGAAACUCCUUACAUGUCCUCGGAGCACAAAACACUUUUUCCAAAUUCAAUGAAUUUAAUAUCAGGCCUGUUACUGAAACAUGUGUUUAUGAAGUUUAUUAAUAAAGCCGGUUGGCGUAGAGUCGCAAUUAUAUCAGAUGAGACACCAUACAGCUUUGACUUUGAAGUAGAAAUGCUGGAUCUGUUCCAUGGGAAUCAAAUACUAUAUAACGUGCAACGAUGUAAAAAUGCAGAUGAUUUCGAAAAGGCGAAAAGAUACCUUGUGGCGGUGGAUGCAAGAAUUAUAAUUGCAAACGUUAACGAGACAAACGCAAGGGAACUGACACGUAUACUUGACAAAUACAAGUCAAGGUUCAUAAUACUCUUCCGUGUACUGCCAUUUUGGGAUUGGAUUGAUUAUAAGUUUCAGAACUGGAUUUCCAUAACUAUGGGUCCUUCAGAAAUCGAUUACAAAACAUGUCAAGUUGAGCGGGACCCCAUCUGCAUAGCAAUCAUGCUUAGUCUGGGUAUCGUUGCUAAUACUCAUGCAGAGUACUCGCUUACCCCUGAAGAUCUACAUAGGACAACAUUUUAUAGGAAAUUCGCAAAAACCAUGGCGACCAAGAUACCUCCGGAGUCUGUGGCAUACGUAAAACGCCGGAAUGAAGAAUUAUCGAAACUGUACCUAACAAAAAAUGGUGAAAUCAGUAAGGAGGUGACGUACAGUGCUCCAUUUAAUGCAGAAGUUCUUGAUCAAAAAGAAUGUAUAGCGAAAGUAAAUAACUUCACAAGACCUUGCGACUAUUCUGUGUACUUGUAUUUAAUGUUAGUAGUAAUUAUGUUCGCUAUAACAUUACUCACUAUUACCUGUUAUUUCCACGAGUCAUCUCCGCUCAUAUCUAACUCAUAUCAGCAACUAUAA